AUGGCCCUUGUACAGCUUAAAAAAACACCAACAAAUAUCGACGCGAUUACACCCCAGAUAACAGUAACACUUGAACCUGAUGAACCAGGUGAAAGUCGCAUUAAGGAAGCACUUCCAUUGAUAAUAGAACCUUAUAUGAGAUCUAUUGCGGUAUAUCAAAUGCAAUUGAAGAUGAGUCAAAAGUUAGAGACUAAUGCUUGUUUAAUUUGUUUGGGUUUGAGUGCACAGAUUAGCAUGAAGAUAGCCUACAGAGCUGAUAAAGGCAUCUUAACGAAACCUAUUUUUCGACGUUCCGAAAGCAUUGCCACGCUAAAGGGGGAGAGAAAAACUGACAAAGCUGACACCAACUUCAAGUUUAUAUACAGUUGCAUAGUAGAUGUAACUGUUCUUUAUCCAUUGGCAAUUACAUUUGCUAUAAGAUCCGGAAAAGACUACAUUAUGAACUAUGGUUGGAGACUUUGUUCAUGCUUGUGGAAGAUCUUCCACGUGUUUGAGAAGGAUACAGUGACUGAUGGCGCUAUGAUUCAGCCAAUGCAAAAAUUAAACUCUUUUUUUUUGCCCUGCACAAUGCAGGCUUCAGUACUAUGCGUUGUAAGAAGUAAUACCCCUGAAUCAAUUUGCAAAUGGUUUUAUUGCGGCUACUAA